ACCCCUUCCUCCGACUACGACGAUGAGGAGUUUCUACGAUACCUCUGGAAGGAGUAUUUGCAUCCCAAAGAGUAUGAAUGGGCGCUGAUCGCCGGCUACAUUGUCGUCUUCAUCGUGGCUCUCGUCGGGAACGUCCUGGAAGGAUUUGUGCAUGUCAGGACUGUUAUCUGCAAGCGCCCUAGGCUUUCCGAGACAAGAUGCAAAUGAGACUGCAGCCGAAGGCGAGAUUUUGCAAGACUCUAUUUAUUUUUUUUUCUCUUUUCAACGGACUGAUGAUACUAUUUUGUUUUUCUGGAAUGGUGUGCUAACUGCCUGUAAACGCAUGCUGGCGAAACCAGUGAGUUUUCAGCCAAAGCUAUUCAGAAGACUGAGCAUGUUUGCUCGGUCCUUUGCUCGGCAGCCAGCUUGACAGGCAGUGUAAAGAUAAUACUCCUCCCAAAGCAGCUGUACUUUAAGCUAGGAAGAAAAGCGUCCUUCCUUCGUUCUCAUCUUGAGCAAAGGCAGUUUUAGGAGAACUACCUGUGCUUGCCAUAACCCAAUUCUAUAAACAGACAGUCCCUUCUCACCUUUAAAGAGUCAAGGUCAAAUUUUCAGCCCGAGGAGCUCUCGCCCUAGUUACACCUUUAUUUUCCCCCUGAACCCAUGAGAAGCUUUCCCCUCUGUGCACUUGCAAAUGCAAGAUUGUACUGGUGCUGAUGUGGAGCCGUUCCUCCCUGACAUUUGUGUACGUUAUUGUUUUGCUAAGUAUGGAAGCUGGCAUUUGGCUGUCCACCCACAUUUUACUGGACUGCUUCUCCCCAAGCCGUGUGUUCUUUAAACUGCCUUUGUGCAUUACACGGACCUCACCUACCCCAACUGCUGCUUGUGUUUAUGGGCAAGUUGUUUGUGGGAUCUGCAGGUGCAGGUGCUUGGUAGCUGCACACCAUCUCAUCUUUAUGUAAGAAGCUCAUACUGCACUGAUUGCAGGCUCACGUGAUUUUGAGGAGAGAAAUGAAAGUGGCUUAAAGCUCUUUCCAAAGUCAUAUUUGUGAAACUUGGACUGCCAGUGAAAAUGUGAUAUAGAGCAGUGCACAUACUGAAGUGUCUGAGAAGAUAAUUUUAGCCGUUUGAAGCAAAGGUUAAUCUGGGAUUUAGUCAUGGACCUUCUCACAGAAGAGCAGAAGUGGUUCCACAGAGUUUUACUGCCUAAUACUGCUUUAUGGUAUCAUCCUUAACAAUGCAGUGUGUUUCUCUGCUUAGGUUGGACCAGUGCUGCUGGACUAGUGUGGCAUGUGGAGUCGGUGCUUUGCUUAUAUUUUGUCUGUGUCUUAUUCAGAUAACACUGAGGUAACCAGGAAAGACUGUAUGGUACUGAAAAAUAUAUUGCAGUCUCUUAUUCUGAUUAUUGCAUUCACAGCAAUAGCAUCUGUGCAAGUGGAAGGCACAACACAUCCCUCAAAUGUUAGUAAUAAACUAGAUUAAAUCAUUCUGACAGUUAAUUAACAGCUGAGGGUUGAAUCAGAAGCUUGAACUUUGAUUGACAUCUACUGGGCUUUUGAGUGAGCUGCACUGCAGGAAUUCUGCUUUCAACAGUAUACAACAAGGACUGCAUUGCUAUUUAGCUUUCAAUUUAAUUAGGAGAGUUGACAUACACUGUCCAAGCUGCUGCACAGACCAGCUAAAACGAAAGCCAUUAACAAGUCUGUGAAUUUAAAUGCAAGUUUCAUUAUUGCAUUCAAGUACUUCACGUUGAUGAUUCUCAUGUGUGCCCACAUUGUCUUCUCACCAGAGAUUUCAGUGAAAGCCACUGAGAAGAACAGGUUUUAAGACAUUUUUAGGAUGUAUUUACAUGAACAUUCACAGAAUAUGAAAUCCAGAUGAUAGCAUCAGUAUGCUUUGUCCUAUUUUUGUGUUCACUCAGCUACUGUUUAUCACUAGAAGCAGAGUAAGUGUCAAGGGUAAGGUCUUUCCAUUUUGCAGAUAAGACCACAAGAUUUCUUUACCACUGCACAGCAAUUAAACUCUUGCAACUUCUUUGCACAGCUACUGCAAAGCAUAGGGCUUAAAGAAAAGUGUAAGUUGACUGCAGAGUAAAUAUAAUACAUAUUUCUUCUUUAUUUCAAAACAUGACUUAAAAAUAGAAAACUAGAUUAAUAAAGAAUUCAAGAUACUUUUAGGAUGUAUGAAGGUCUCUGGUUACUGACACGGUCAUUCCACAGUAACCAGUUGCAGCAGUUAAUAACUGGAAUAAGACCACAGGGGAUUAAGUAAUGUACAAUUCCAUGUAUUGAACUCAAUUUAUACAGGUAAGGAAUGGGAAUGGUCCUUGUUUAAGUUACUCAUUCAGGUCAGAACUUUUCUAAUGAAAUGGUUUCUCUCAGGGAACCUGCAUUCAUCAAAAUGAAAAUAUACAGCAUAGAUUACAUUGUUUGAUCAAAGACAAUGCAGAACAAGCAGCCUUCUGGUGUCCCACCAGCUGGGCUGCAGGGCCUCUUGGCUGCCCACUCCAGAGCUGACAGGAGCUGAGAUCCUGAGCACACACAACCUGCCAGCACCCAGCUUGAAAGUCCUCAGCACUGCUGCCUUCCAAGACUGAGAGACCAUGCCAGACACUAGUGAGAGACUUCAGAAACUUCCUUUACUCACACAACUUGAUGAUACUUGUUUUUCUUUCCAGUUCAGAAUGAAACCAAAUUUAAUUGUCAGAUAAUUACUCGUCUCUGGAUAGCUCUAUUAUGUAUUAUCUAGAUUUUAUAGUAUCUGCUAGUUGUACUGAAAUCUGUAAAGAAUCCGGAUCUGGUCCUUUCCUCAAAGAGGUCAUAGUCUGACUCACAGAGCUCAACAGCAUUAAUUGAUAUUUUCUUAUUGUUGUUUGAUUUUUUUAAGACUAGAAAAUAAAAGGUUCCAGUAUAGGUUGGGAAAUUACAUAUUAGAGAGCAGUGUAGGGGAAAGGGACCUGGGGGUCCUGGUGGACAACAGGAUGACCAUGAGCCAGCACUGUGCCCUUGUGGCCAGGAAGGCCAAUGGCAUCCUGGGGUGUAUUAGAAGGGGGGUGGCUAGUAGAUCGAGAGAGGUCCUCCUUCCCCUCUACUCCGCCCUGGUGAGACCACAUCUGGAAUAUUGUGUCCAGUUCUGGGCCCCUCAGUUCAAGAAGGACAGGGAACUGCUGGAGAGGGUCCAGCGUAGGGCAACGAAGAUGAUUAAGGGAGUGGAGCACCUCCCUUAUGACGAAAGGCUGAGGGAGCUGGGUCUCUUUAGUUUGGAGAAGAGGAGACUAAGGGGGGACCUCAUUAAUGUUUAUAAAUAUAUAAAGGGUGAGAGCUAUGAGGAUGGAGCCAGGCUCUUCUCGGUGGCAAACAAUGAUAGGACAAGGGGUAAUGGGAUCAAGCUGGAACACAAGAGGUUCCGCUUAAAUUUGAUAAAAAACUUCUUCUCAAUAAGGGUGACAGAGCACUGGAACAGGCUGCCCAGGGGGGUUGUGGAGUCUCCUUCCCUGGAGACAUUCAAAACCCGCCUGGACAUGUUCUUGUGCGACCUCACCUAGGUGUUCCUGCUCCAGCAGGGGGAUUGGACUAGAUGAUCUUUUGAGGUCCCUUCCAAUCCCAAACAUACUGUGAUACUGUGAUACUGUGAUACUGUAUAGUUCUAACGUCACAGUCCCAGUCAAUGCCUAUCAAUAGACAACUGUUUCAAAUGCUGCUCUGUAUCAUUUUAAAGGUAUCUGGUGAAUACUGAGGUCUAGGCAUACAUGCAUGUGUUGGUAGAAUUGGAUAAACCAUGUAUUCUUUUAAAUGGUGCCCUGAUUUUCAUGAACCCUAUUUGAUUGCCAUAGAUGAGGCAUAUUACAUUCAAUCAUGUUUUAAAUUAUCUAGUUUUGUACAGAUUACUUGAGGAAUCUGGCACUGAAAGGGCUUUACUUUUAUAAUAUCAGUAUGAGACUCAUUUUUAUCUGUUGGAUGAAUAAUAACUAGAGUGGCUUUCUCAUUUUUAAAAAGAUACCACAUAGGAAAUGAUACAAUCAUUUCAUCUUCCUAAGAUCUAGAAUGUAUGAACUCAAUUUAUGUAAGAGUUCGAGUUAUUAGCUGAAGUACUUGGGUGUUUGCAUUAUGUGGGGAUUACUGGCAAAGGGUCAUGCACAUCCUUGUGAGAUACACAAAAAGUAGAAAAGCAUUAAAAGAUGAACCUGAUAUGAAAUUAUGACCUUUUCUUUCUAGAUUCUUAUAUGCAGAUGUGUAACUAGUUCCACUCUAUAUGCUUUCUGACCAGAUAGUCCAGAGGGGGAACAGCUCUACUUUCCUUUACCAUUCUUAAUGUUGAAAGGCAAUUCUGCCUACUGCAAAUAGUGAAAUCCUACAAACCCAAAUCUGGAAAAGGGCAACGCUGAAGAAUGAAGGAAGUUUGCGUUGCAGUGUGGAAGAAUCAUCACAUGCGGACAGUUACCAACUAUUUCAUAGUGAAUCUUUCUCUGGCUGACAUUCUGGUCACAAUUACUUGUCUUCCAGCAACUUUAGUAGUGGACAUCACAGAAACGUGGUUCUUUGGGCAGCCCCUCUGCAAAGUGAUUCCCUACUUACAGACAGUUUCAGUCUCUGUGUCUGUACUAACACUCAGCUGCAUAGCUUUGGAUCGAUGGUAUGCAAUUUGUCACCCUUUGAUGUUUAAAAGCACAGCCAAGCGAGCAAGAAACAGCAUUAUAAUUAUCUGGAUUGUGUCCUGCAUCAUAAUGAUUCCUCAGGCCAUUGUUAUGGAGUGCAGCAGUGUGUUCCCAGGAUUAGCCAAUAAAACUACCUUGUUCACAGUGUGUGAUGAGCGCUGGGGAGCUGAGGUUUACCCCAAAAUGUAUCACACAUGCUUUUUUCUUGUGACAUACAUGGCACCACUGUGUCUUAUGGUGUUGGCCUAUUUGCAAAUAUUUCGAAAGCUGUGGUGUCGCCAGAUCCCAGGAACUUCUUCUGUUGUUCAAAAAAAAUGGAAGCCUCUGCAGUCCUCAGCACAGCCCCGAGGGCUGGGACAAUCAACAAAGUCGAAGAUUAGUGCUGUGGCAGCUGAAAUAAAACAGAUUCGUGCAAGAAGGAAAACAGCACGUAUGCUAAUGGUCGUCCUCCUGGUUUUUGCACUUUGCUAUCUACCAAUUAGCAUCCUCAAUGUCUUGAAAAGGGUUUUUGGGAUGUUUAAUCAUGCUGAUGACAGAGAAACUGUAUACGCCUGGUUCACAUUCUCACACUGGCUUGUAUAUGCAAACAGUGCAGCCAAUCCUAUUAUUUAUAACUUCCUCAGUGGGAAAUUUAGAGAAGAAUUUAAAGCAGCAUUUUCUUGUUGCAUCUUUGGCAUUCGCAGUCACCAUGAUGAACGGCUCACCAGAGGUCGUGCCAGUACAGAGAGUCGGAAAUCCUUGACCACCCAGAUCAGCAAUUUUGAUAACAUUUCAAAACUUUCAGAACACGUUGUACUGAACAACAUCAACACACUGCCAGCAAAUGGUAUCCCAGCUACACUCAGCCCGUUGAAAUCAGUAGAACUGCAUCUCCACAUACCAGGGAUGAAUAUGACUUCAAAUUUAGAUGAAGCUGUGAGUGUUUCUGCAGAAGACACUGGCAACACAGAGAAUGCAGAGUGGGACAAAUUCAUCCCUAGCAUAACUAAACUUACCUCGAUGGAGUUACAGCAAGGAUGACUUUGGCUCAAUACAUGAAAGACCAUCAGAGUAUGGCACAUGCUUCUAUUUGUUACAGACUACAACUGGACAAAGGGAUUCCUUCAAAAUGACUGCCUCUCCUAUUUCUUCUCAGUCUUACAGAAACCUUCUUACCUCAGAAUGAGCUAAAGAACAUGUCUUUACAAGUCUUUUUAAAGAUAGGAUUGUAUCAUACUUUGUAAAUUCUGUAGAUAUUUAUUUUUAUAUAUUUUAGAUGCUGUGGAAUGUUCUAAAAUGUAACAUAUAAAGAGCUCUAAGUAUUUGAAAGAAGUCUUAAACAUCAUUUAUUUAUAUCCUGUUUCUAUAAAUGAGUGAAUUAUUUACAAGGAAUGCUUACUUAUGCACUUACUUUGCACCUCUCUUUUUGCUAGUUCACUUUUAGUAAUUCUCUGUUCAUUAUGGAACUUUUAGUUCAGACUGAUCUGGGGAGAAUCCAGCACAGACGUGCUGGAUUUUUUCUAAGCACAGACGUGCUUCUAAGAUGUGAACCCAAAGUGCUGCAAGUCACACGUUUUCAUAAGAUUACACUAAAUAGCCAAUUUUUUUUUUUCAGACUCGAGUGCCUAAAAAGUAAGUAAUUAAAAACAAACUACAUGAUGCUCAAAGGUGCUAUAAGUUCAAAAUUCCUACUCAGGCCAAUAGGAAUAACAAGUGUCAGCACCCCUGAAGGACCAGAUGUAUUAACUAUUUUGGCUCAUUUUAGUGCAUAAUGUCUGCAAGUGUUGCUCUGGAAGAUCUCUGAGGAUCUUUAAAAUAGAAAAAAUUUGUUAUCUUGCUUACUUUUAUGAUUUCUCUCUCAGCUGCCAUUUAAUACUAAUGAUACAAACAACAGAUAUACAUGCCAAGAAAAUGUUGACUUUUCAACAACUAAAAUAAAAUGUUUCUCUCUGGAAAUUAUAGAGGUGAUAUUAUCUCAUUGGACCAGUAGAUCAGUUUCUCAUCCUUUUCCAUUUAUGGGAUAAGCUCCCUGGCCUGGGGCUUCAUACCAUGUGUUGCAAUUUUUCUUCUUAAAGAACAAACAUGAUGCAUCACUAGAGACUUAGGCUACUAGGGGAAAGUGGCCUCUUGGUUAGAAAGAGGCUGAUCUAUUAGAACCUGAGUUACAAUCCCCCUGUGACAUUAUUCUUGCAUCUCAAUUUAGAUUUUUCAAAAGAAAGGGUGACAUGGGAGAAAAUAUUUAGUUUUCAGUAAAAAGCAUUUGACGUAUAAAGAAGAUAUUCUCACACAUUCAAAUGUUUCUGAAAAGCCAAUUAUUCAUAGACAAGGUAUUAUUUGGUUAACUUAUGUAAAUAUUUUUUUCUAGGUUUUACCUACUGUUGUGAGAUGUACUGCCUACCAGGACAGCUAUGGUUUUAUCACUUUAUGCUUUAGCCUUCCCCAACAAUUGUUUUACUUGACAUUGUUGCAAUUACUCCUAGUUUACACUAGUGUAAAGUGAGAGAAAAAAAAAUGCAUUUGUUUGUAUAUUAAAGUUUUCUAUUAAAAGAGAAAAAGGAGAAUAUUCUUUUUUUCUAUUAAAAAAAUAAAGAUAAAUACCUAAAUGAAAAGGAUGUUUAAAUAUCAAAUAAAAUCAUAGGAAUUCCUAUAUUCCUAUGCAUAAGCUUAACUUUUGAGUAUAGCUAUUAUUUCAUUGUUCUUUCAAUAAAUUGUUUUACUUUGUGUCUUCUAAGAAAAUAAAAGCUUAAUAGUUGUGGAAA